GCGCGGCGGGAACGCCGUGCCCUUUUAUUUUUUGGGGUGUCCCCAAAAACUUCCCCCGAUGGCUCUGGGGCUUCCCCCGAACCUCCCGCUGCCUCCAGCAGACGAAGAAGCCCCGGGACCCCCAAAUUCCGCCACCCCCCAGGAGCUGGGAGCCAACCCGGGGCUGGCGCGGCUGCUCCGGAAUCUGGGGGGGCUCCUGGGGGAGGAUGGGCUGAGCCCCCCCCUGCAGAAGGAGCUGAGCCAGGCCGAGGUGUCCCUGUGCCGGGCCCGGACGCUGUGGCUGCACCUGGAGCUGCUCUGGAGGAUUCUGGGGGAGCUGAUCCGGGACCCCCGAAAUUUGGAGCCUUCUCUGCUGCGGGCUCUGGAGCAGGAGCUCACCUGGGCCCAGGUGCGCCGGGGCCCCCCCGAGAUCGCCCGGCUCCUGCCGCCCCCUCAGCUGCGCUCCCUGGGCUCCCUCCAGGCUCACCUGGAUCGGGGGCGGGGCCUUUACCUGCUGGCCAAGGGCGGGGCCGUGCUGCUCAAGAGCAGGCUGGAGGAGCUGCGCAUCCUAUUGGACAGUUACCCUGCCCCCACCAUCGAGGCGCACCGGCGAAUCAGGGCGGGUCUCUCGGAGCGGCGCCGCGCGGCCGAGGCGCAGGCCGCCAUCUUGGGGGCGGAGCUUGCGGCGCUGCGGGGGCUGGGCCCGGAAUUCCGGGAUCUGGCGCUGGAAUUGGGGCGGAUCCGGCGGGAAAGCGACCGGAAGCGCUGGGCCCUGCGCCAGCUCCGCCCCCGUGACGUCACCGACGCUCAUUAAAAUAUCGCUGGCA